UGGCACUGACCCCGACUGGGAGCCCCCAGUGCCAAUUUGUCCAUCCCCCUCUGAAGCUGGUUCAUCCAGCUGUACCCCUGCUGUCUCUGGCUCCACACCUCCCGGGCCAUCUAGAGGUGUGAAGAGGAAGAGGGGAAGUGUGCCAUCCGCUAACAGAGGGACAGAAUGGCGUUGGCACACCGUCCUAGAAGACGAUGUGGAGCCACCCCAACCAACCUUUAGGCCGAAAAGGAAGCCAGGACCUCAGCUAAACAUGACUGCUACGUACAGCCCCCUUCAGCUUUUUCAGCUGUUCUUCACCCAAUCCGUUGUAGAGUCGCUCGUGUCUAACACGAAUAAGAAUGGGAAGAAGAAGCAAGCAGGCAAAACGGCAGCAUGGAAGCCCAUAUCCACGUCAGACUUUUUCUGCUACCUUUCUCUGGUCAUCUACAUGGGGCUGGUGAGGCUGAAAAGCCUGAGGGACUACUGGAAAACGUCAUCUCUGUACCAACUGCCUUUCCCCUCGACUGUUAUGUCCUGCAAAAGGUUUCUGGAUCUCUCCCAGGCGCUUCACAUCAGUGACCCAAAGGUUGAUGAAGAGAAUGAGAAGAAGAGAGGCACAGCGAGGUUUGAUACACUGUGCAAAAUCAAACCUCUCUACCACAGCAUUGUUGGGGCCUGCAAGACGUACUUUCAGCCAGCCCAGAACGUGUCAAUCAAUGAGAGGAUGGUGGCCUCAAAGGACAGCAUUGGCCUCCAACAGUACAUGAGAAACAAACCAACCAAGUGUGGUCUGAAGCUGUUUGUGUUGGCUGAUGCUGCGUGUGCCUACACGUGCAAUUUCUUGGUCUACGAGGGGAAGAACAGUUUCGCUUACGACCUUAGGAAGCGGGGAGUGUGGGCUUGUGGCACCAUUCGUACCAACAGGGUGGGCUUCCCGAAGACGAAGGUGAACGACAUGCCUAAGCGGGCUGAGCGGGGGACCAUGCGAUGGAUCCGUGAAGAUGGCCUGCUGUUUGUAAAGUGGAUGGAUACCAGAGAGGUGGUGAUGUGCUCCACUAUCCACAAGUCCUUCAGUGAGGAUUAUGUUGUCAGGCGUGUGAAGGACGGUGCCGGAGCGUGGACCACCAAAAAUGUCCCCAUUCCUGCAGCCAUCAAGGACUACAACCAGAGCAGAGGAGGUGUAGACUUGUCAGACGUGCUUAUAGGCUACUACAAUGUUCUACACAAGACAAUGAAAUGGUACAAGACAUUGUUUUAUCAUUUCAUUGACAUUGCUGUGGUGAAUUCCUUCAUCCUACACAAGGAAAUGGCUAAGAGCUGUGGACAGCCCCCCAUCUCACAGCUAGUCUUCAGGGAGCUGCUCAUCAAGGAGCUUGCUGCCUACAGCAAGUCCACUGCAUCACAUUCUGCCACCUCUGCCGCCUCUACUCCUGCCUCCAGUGGUGUUCAUAUACCACAGUUCAUUACUGCAGGCGUGACUGUACCUCAGAGGCAAAGGGACGGAGCAUGGAGGCGUCGUUGUGUUCUUUGUCACAUGAAGUCCCCCAUCAUCUGCACCAGUUGUUCAGUUUGCCUCUGCUUUGUAGCAGAAAGAGACUGCUAUGGGACAUGGCACAGGCAGAAAAAUAUUCUGUUCUAAUAUUUAAAAAAAUAUAUAUAUAAUUUUUAUUGUGUGUUAGAAUAGAUUUUUGCUAAGUUGUAUAUAGUUAUUUGCACUGUUGUAUAUAGUUAUAGGUCAUUUCACCAAUUCGGCCACUUGGGUACAUUUGGGCAACCUGUGUGGGACACCUGGGUGACUUCAUGCUAAAUGUCAUGUAGCUCACCCAUUCCUGAAGUUUUCAGUCUGAAACUUUGCACACCCACAGUUGCCCUCUUGUGUUAUCCAUCUAAAUUAUCUCCAGCAUCCUAUCUGACUGUGUGGCUAUUGCAGUACAUAU